GAUUGUUUUCAAAGGCAAAAGAAACUCGAGCAAGAAGAAAAAUGCCGUGAGGCAUAUGGAAGCAGACGAAAGAUAUCUCAACACUUGGUGAAUUUCACAUACAGCCACAUAUACAUGGACUGCGAGGUGCAACGCGCCAUUAAGGGGGGAAAAGAAGAAAAAGAGUCCGAGAAAAGGUAUAUAGAAGACAGCGAAACAGCGGAUAAAGAAGAAGAAGAAGAAGAAGCAGCACGAGGAAGAAAAACUUGAAGAUCCGAAUGUACAAGCGGGGAUUGGAGGAUGAAAUUUCCGAGGGAUGAGAGAAACGAGGGAGUGGAGGGAACCUAGCGAGGAGGACAGAAGAUAUUGAGGAAGAAAGGUGGGGGCACCCAUUCAUGGCCUAAGAGUCCAGUUCACAGAGCGGCACAUACCUUCGUGUACCCCGUGGGCGCCAUUCUACAGCCGGCAGGCACUCACAACUACGAGUCAUCCAAGUCAUUCGAGUAUUGGAGUCAUUUGAGUCGGGCGAGUCGAGUGAGCAAGACGAACUGUCGACACAAGGUGAAACACUCCGUCAAAACGUGGACACAACUCCAGUGCCUCAUCGCGAACAUAUUUUCCAAAACUACCUCAAUUUUAGUUUCUGCGAUUUUUCUCAAUUUCUUUCUGCGAAGAAGAAAGAGUCAGUUUCUUAAAUGAAAAGAUUUUUCCGUCAGUGAUUUGUGACGAGUGCAAUUUUCCUGUGACCUGUAAAUUUUAUUACGUAAUUACCCCCGAACGUUUUUGUGAUUGUUUUUUCUUCUUUAAAUUGGGAGAGAGAGAGAGAGAGAGGAGAAAAAGGGGGUCAAGGUUGAAGGAUCAAGGACAUUUGAGACGAGCAUAUAUACAUAUAUAAAAACCAUGAAAGGAUUCGUGGUUUUCUUUAUGCUGGCGGUCUUCAGCCUUCCCAGGAAUGAGUGCAAAACUUUGGGUCUGCAAAAAACUGAAUAUGAAUCCUCGCAAAAGAACAGGUAUUACACGCUGAAUGAAAAGAAGAAUUUGGCGGAAGUGGAGAAAUUUCAAGAUGUUGAUAUUGAAAUUGAUUUGCUCGACAGCAAACAUCCAAAACGACAGGAGCACGAAACAAAUGAGGAGCAAGAGCCGUUAGUCAUUUAUCAGAUUGGGGUUGGCGAAGACGACCUGCCGGAGUGUUCGUCGAAAAAUGAGAUUUGCAGUAAAGUGGACCUGUACGGCGCUCCUUGGGUCGAGAGACAGUGUCGUUGUCCCGGUGGACGAUCAUGUCCCAGCACUGCCAAUGCCAAUGACGGUCACACACUUGCCGACAGAACGAGACAGUACAAACUUUGUGAAGCCGUUAAACGUAUUCCGUUCUGCCGUUACUUCAAAGACGUAACGUGGUCGUUGCAACCAUUCGGAGGUCCAAUGAAUUCGACAGUACAGCGAGUCCAUUGCAGAUGUCGUCCAGGUGGAGUUCCUUAUCUACUAAAACGAGAAGCACACUUGACACCCAAAGGAGUUUAUGUUCCCGUCUACUACUUUGGGUGUUCGCCGCAAAGUGUAAGCAUCGCUAGUAAAAUGAAGUGCGCCAAGAAGGAGCCAUGCAAACUUUUCACUGUUCGCAAGAGGAACAAGAACGAAGUUGCCGUCGAAGAUGUCUCAGUGUCGCCAUUGUGUCAAUGUCAUAAAGGUUUCAGGUGUCCGAAGAAACACACGGAUCCAGGAUCGAUAUCGGCGAGAUCAUACGCUGGAAUGGACAUUAAGACCUACAGUGCGUACUGUGUACCAACGCAUCACUAAAGAAUGAAAACAAACAAAAAAACAAUCUAAACUAGAUUUAAAUCGUGACAAGUAUACAAACAAAAAGUGGAUCAAAAAUGAAAUAUUUCUGAGAAUGAAAUUCUCGAAUGAAAAUAAUUUUAUUCAUGUUUCCACCAAAAAAAAAAAUAUCGACAAAAAUCAGGAAUCAAAAACGAUUCAUGAGAAAUUUUUUUUUUCUUGAGUAUAACAACCAAUUUACGUUUCUUUUUGGGACUUUGCUCAAAGCAAGUGAGAUUUCAAAGUGAUUGGUACUUUUUUUUUUACUUUUUUUUUCAAGUAUUGUUGAUGGGUGUAAGUUUGUGUGAAAUGAGUAAAUGUAUAAUAUGCAAGGAUGAGGUAGAAAAAAACGUUACGGAAAAUUUGCUUUUUCGAUUAUCAACUUUUCAAUAAUAUUUCGAGAACCCUUGUGAAGUUUGUAGAGAAAAAAAAGGGGCAAAAUCGAUAAUAAUCGACAAUUAAAGAGUAGUUACCAAGUCAGGGCAUUCUCUCGUCUGUAUUGACAGUCGGUAAUAAUUUAUUUUUAAAAAAAAGCCGAGAUUAAAGAAUUAUUUUCCUUUUACAAAUGUAGUCUUUAUGCGUGUGAAAAUUAAUUGUCGAUAAAAAUAGACUUUUGGAAAAGUUGUUUUUUUUUAAUCGAAAAUGCAAAGUAACUUUAUUUUUAUCUAAUAAAUUAGUUAAAGUAUAUAUUUAAAGAAACAAAAAAAAAACAUAAUAGAAAUUUGUUAGAGAUUUUACUUUUGAUAUCUCCUCCUUGUUAAUAGUAUUUUAAGCAUUAUAUUUGCUGUGUUACUUGUAAUUGUAGCAGUGUGACACAAAAGCUUUAAAUUUGGCAGGGAAGGGAGGGGGAGGGGAGGGAAUUAAUGUUGAAUGAUUUGUCGCAUUGUUAUUCUGUUUGCACUGUAAAAAAAUUUAUUGUAAAAUUAGUAUACAAUUUCUAAAUGCUAUGAAUUCAUGGAAAUUAUUUUCUUAAAAUUAAAUUAUAUAUAUUUUUGUCACAAUUACCCUUUUUUAAUAAUAAGAC